AUGUCAAUCGUAGAGUUUCGGAAAUCUCUAGUAGACUAUCUAACAAGCUCGUCAGAUUCUCAGCAUACUGAGUCAGGAGUAACGGUAUCAAGACCCAAACGUUUGAAGCACGAGUUGCUAACAAAAACUGGGACAGUGAGAAAUACUAGACGAUUUUGUGUACACUGUUACAAAGAUAUGGUAAAGCAGUUUGGACGAAAAUUGGCGAAAAAUAAAGCUAAAAAAGGACGACACAUUGAAGGCCAUUGGGUCCUUGUUGGACUUAUUGAAGAUGGGAGUGAAGACCUGCGGCUAGAAGUUUGCCCGGAGAAUGUGCGGAGAAGUGUUGGCGCCCCUGAUCCAGAAGCAUGUGAUUGA